UAUAUGUGUGUUCGUGUAUUCGUGAAUUGUAUUGAAGUUACUUAAUAUUUCACAGACUCGAACAUAUAAAUACCAUUGUUAAUUGUCAUUUUGUAUGUAUUUUACCAUAAUGAAAAGAAUGGAAGUACUUAAUUUCAUUCUACUCUUUUCAUGUGCUAUCAUAUCGUUACAUGUUACUUUUGCAAAAACAAAACAGUUGCAGUGUAACUUUCCAGUCCAAUGGCAAAGCAAUGUUUUCUUUGACUUCGAAAUGAUGCUGGUGGCCACACAACAUAUCAACGCAUCAGGAAUGUUUUAUUAUGAUUACACCAACCAACAGAUGAGAUUUGACUUUGCUGGAAUAGAGCAUGCUGGCAAUACUUCUGUAGACUUUACUCUCAUAUGGAAGUUUAACGAGCCAGCGUUUUACACCGUGGACAACCUCGAUAAAAGCUGUGAACGAGAGGAUGGUGUCAGUACCUUCUGGAACCAGUGGGAAGGAAUACCAGCUGAUGCCUCACCAGAAUAUUUCGGACGCUUAGGUGGUUUAAACGAAAUUGUUGGACAGUACAAAUGGGCGGAAAAGAAUGCAGGGCCGAUGGGAAAUGUGGCAAUAACUAUGGAUGUAAAAGUUGGUGACGUCUGUUCUCCAGUCCGUUUGACAAUGCGAGAAUUAAGUAAGAUUUCGUAUGGAGCCUUUGCUUAUAACUACGAAUUCUUAGAUAUCAGUGACAUAAAGAGCCCGAAUGUGUUCACGCCUCCCCCGAACUGUCACAACACCACAUCAUUGAGACAUAUCAACAGAAUGGUUACCAUUCCCAGAUAUUUUGGUUUGUUUAUGGGAUAAUUAAAUCUUCAAUAGUUGGCA